AUGACGGUGCGGCAGUACGGGCAGCAGCUGCUCACUGACACGGGGUGGUUUCAUCCCAACAUCAGCGGAAUCGAGGCAGAGAAGCUGCUCCUGACCAGGGGUGUCCAUGGCAGCUUUCUGGCUCGACCCAGUAAGAGCAACCCAGGAGAUUUCACUCUCUCUGUCAGAAGAAACGAUGAGGUGACGCACAUUAAGAUCCAGAACACAGGGGAUUACUAUGACCUGUAUGGAGGUGAGAAGUUCGCCACCCUCGCAGAGCUGGUGCAGUACUACACCGAGCAGCAGGGGCUGCUGCGGGAGAAGAACAGCAAUGUCAUCGAGCUGAAGUACCCGCUCAACUGCCAGGACCCCACCUCGGAGAGGUGGUACCAUGGGCACCUCACUGGCAAGGAGGCAGAGAAGCUUCUGACGGAGAAGGGGAAAACAGGUAGCUUUCUGGUGCGAGAGAGCCAGAGCAAACCAGGAGACUUUGUGUUGUCGGUGAUGACAAAUGAGGAUAAGAUGGACACUGGGGACCGGAAACCACACGUGACCCACGUGAUGAUCCACUACCAGCCAGACGGGAAGUAUGACGUGGGGGGAGGAGAGAGGUUUGACACGCUCACGGACCUGGUGGAACACUAUAAGAAAAACCCCAUGGUGGAGAAAUCUGGAGCUGUGGUUCAUCUGAAGCAGCCAUUCAAUGCCACGCGCAUCAACGCAGCUAACAUUGAAAACAGAGUGAAGGAGCUGAACAAAAUGGCAGAUCACAGUGAGAAGGCCAAGCAGGGGUUCUGGGAAGAGUUUGAGAUGCUGCAGCAGCAAGAGUGCAAGCUCCUCUACCCCAGGAAGGAGGGACAGCGACCAGAGAAUAAGGCUAAGAAUCGCUACAAGAACAUCCUUCCCUUUGAUACCACACGGGUGGCACUCCGAGACGUAGAUGAGAGCGUGCCUGGGUCAGACUACAUCAAUGCCAACUAUAUCAAGAGCAUCCCUGAAGAUGGAAGGAACUCGGAGCACUGCAAGAUCUAUAUAGCCACCCAGGGCUGCCUGCAGACAACAGUGAAUGACUUCUGGGCCAUGGUGUAUCAAGAGAACAGUCACGUCAUUGUCAUGACAACCAAGGAGGUGGAGCGGGGCAGGAACAAAUGCUUCCGUUACUGGCCAGACAAGGGUUGCACCAAGGAAUACGGGUGCAUCUGUGUGCGAAACGUGAGCGAACGUGAGGCCCAGGGCUACUACCUUCGGGAGCUGGAGAUCUUGCGGACCGACCGGGAUGAGCGCCCGAGACUGGUGAAGCACUAUCAGUAUUUUAGCUGGCCAGACCACGGGGUGCCCAAUGAACCAGGAGGGGUUCUGAGCUUUCUGGACCAAGUCAAUCGGGCACAGCGAAGCAUUCCAGACACGGGGCCGAUCAUAGUGCACUGCAGUGCUGGAAUUGGACGCACAGGCACCAUCAUAGUGAUAGACAUUCUGGUGGAUAUUAUUCACAGGCAAGGUUUGGACUGCGAUAUCGACAUCCCCAAAACUAUCCAGAUGGUACGCAGGCAGCGUUCGGGCAUGGUGCAGACAGAGGCACAGUACAAGUUUGUUUACAUGGCUGUUCAGCAGUACAUUGAGGCUGAGCAGAAGAGGUUGGAAGAAGAACAGAGAAAUAAAAGGAAAGAGCGAGACUACUUGAAUAUCGGCUACUCUCCGAUGGAAAAAGGCAGAGCCAAAGGGCAGCCCCCUUCACCACGAGCCCAGUCUGUAGUUGAUGAUGAAUCAGCUUCCGUCUACGAGAACCUUAACAUCAAAAGCCCAAAGGUUUCAGGGAUGAGUAAUACAGGACGAUAA